AUGACAACCAAUGCAAAUACAACACAGGGAAUUCGACGAAUCACUAUUAAAUUUCCCUUUCCUACACAUAAAAAUGCCAUCACUGACGACUACAUAGUCUCCGGUGAUGUCUUAGGUGUUGGGGUUAGCGGAAAAGUUUAUCGGAUUCAAAGUCGAAGGUCUGGACAAAAAUACGCCCUGAAAAUUUUAACUGAUUCAGAUCUAAGCCGACGAGAAGUGAUUUUACAUAAAAAAGCAUGUGAGGAUUGUGAAUAUAUCGUAAAGAUACUACAUGUCUAUCAAAAUAUGUUUCUCAAGCACAAGUCAAUAUUAAUCGUUAUGGAAUAUAUGGAAGGUGGGGAAUUGUUCAGUCGUAUCACUUCGCGUAGUAAAAGCGGUUACACUGAACGUGAUGCGGCUAGAAUAAUAGCCAUGAUUGUUCAAGCUGUAGCACAUUUACAUUGUAUGGAUAUUGCACAUCGUGAUUUGAAACUAGAGAAUUUAUUGUUUGCAACUAAGGAAGACGAUUCGAUUCUAAAACUCUCUGAUUUUGGAUUCGCCAAGGAAGGAAAUAAUGAAGAUUUACCAUAUAAAACGCCAUGUUUUACACCCUACUAUGUCGCCCCAGAAGUUAUCUCUAAAAUGCGAUACGAUAAGGCUUGUGAUAUCUGGUCGAUGGGCGUUAUAUUAUACAUUCUUCUAUGCGGUUUUCCACCUUUUUAUUCGAAGAGUGAUGAGGCGCGUUUAAGUGAUGAUAUGGCAAGAAAAAUCAAAGCUGGAGACUAUCAAUUUGAUCAAAAAGAAUGGGGUAGCGUAUCUGACGAGGCCAAGUCAACGAUACAACAGAUGUUAAAAGUAAAUCCUGCCGAACGUAUUACUAUUGAUAAAAUUCGUGAUUGUUCAUGGCUCACUGGACUCACUUCCGACAGACCAAUUAACUUGAAUUUACUUCAAGAUGUAGAUGCUCGAAAUCAAAUCGAAAGUGAAUUUACGAAUGCGAAUAAUUUGCAACGACGACUGGACCAAGAUGGCAGCGAUGGGGUAAUGACCGUUCGUGGACCGGAAGCAUCACGUAUAUCGAAGAAGCGUGCAGCACAGAAACGUCGAUUAGAAGCUGAACAACAAAGAACGACUACAGAUUGA